AUGGCCAUGGGUACCCACAGAUUAUACACGGAUAUCCGUUUACGGAGCGGAAUAUCCAAAAUCAAAGAUAAUCGCAUUAACAUGAAACCCUGUCAAUGUCUGGAAUUUCUUGAAGAAAACGCCUUAAAGGACAAGAAAUGGUGCACUUUUGAUCAUGAGAUGAGAUUUUCAUGCAGGCAAAUAAUCGUAGCCAACAAGAAAAGAAGGAGAGAGUACACUGUCAUUUCCUCGAAAGAGCCGGUUUAUGAGGGAUGUUGA